AUGUCUGGUGAUGGUGAUAGAAAAUCCUCAAAAGCUUGGCAGUUUUUUAAGGACCUCAAAAAUGAUAAAGCCAAAUGCAAUUUUUGUCAGAAAGAAUUUUCAUACAAAGGCGGUGGUGCUUACAACCUAAUCAGACACACAAAAAGCAAGCAUCCACAAGUGUUUGUCGCUAUACGUGAAUGUCCGAUUGAAAAUAUAGCUUCUUCUGCAACAGAAAUCCAUAAUUUGACAACACAUUCCACUGAUUCGACAGCACAAGAACUUGAGAUGCCUACUGCUUCCACAUCUACUGCUUCAACUUAUGUCAUGCCUGAAACAUCUGAUUUCUUACCAGCCACCACUAAAAACACCAACCUAUAUAAAAAAGCUUCAGCCACUAACACGAAACUAACACAGUACUUUUAUAAACCGCUUUCUGCUAAAAAAACUGAACAUCUAAACAAAAUGCUAGUAAAAUUAUUCACAAAAAAUUACUUAGCCUUCCAUCUCAUUGAAUCCCCUGAACUCAAAGAUUUUAUUAAAGAAUUAAAUCCAGCCUACCAGUUACCUAGUCGUAAGACGUUAUCUAAUGCAUUGAUGACUAAUGUCUAUAAUCAAACAAAAGAAAAGGUUAAGUCAGAACUCUGUCAAGCAGAACAUGUGUGCAUUACAACUGAUGGGUGGACAUCAGCCCCCAUUGAUAAUUACUUAGCCGUGACAAUACAUUUUUUCAAUCAGCAAGCAGAAUUAAAAUCUUUUUUGUUGGAAUGUACACAGUUUCCAGAUAGACAUACUUCAGAAAACCUAGCACUAGAACUAAAAAGAAUUCUGACAAAAUUGUAG